AUGACAAAGCCUGUUAUUGGUCUCCUCGGUGGAGGGCAGCUGGGCCAGAUGCUCUGCCAACAGGCCGGGCCUCUCGGCGUCCAGAUUGCCGUACUUGACGCUGAAGGCUGCCCCGCCAAGCAGGCCAACCACAAUGACCUGCAUGUCACUGGCUCCUUCAAGGACCCGGAAAAGAUCCGUGAGUUGGCCUCGCGCUGCGAUAUGCUCACCAUUGAGGUCGAGCACGUCGAGACAAACAUUCUCGAGGAGAUUGCCACUCAGGGUAUCGAGGUUCGCGGUGCCGACGGCAAGACGUACCGGAAAAAGGUCCCCGUCCACCCGUCAUGGAAGACCAUUCGCCUCAUCCAGGACAAGUAUGAGCAGAAGGAGUACUUUAUCAAGAAGGGCAUUCCCGUGGCCCAGCAAAUGGCCAUUGCGUCCGACUCGGAUGAGGCUCGCAAGGCCUCGCUGCAGGAGGCCGCCACCAGAUUUGGCCUGCCUUUUAUGUUGAAAGGCGCCAAGGGCUCGUACGAUGGACGCGGCAACUACAAAGUCCGUAAUGCUGCGGACUUUGAGAUUGCAGCCAAGGAGAUGGGCAACCAGCCCUUGUAUGCCGAGAAGUGGGUUCCAUUCGACAUGGAACUAGCAGUCAUGGUCAUGAGGCUCGAGGAUGAUGACGGCAACUUGAUCAAGGUCGUCCCCUACCCCGUCGUGGAGACCAUUCACGAAGACUCCAUCUGCACCACAGUAUACUAUCCCCCAAGAAAGGUGGCAGAUGAAGUCAAGAUCAGAGCCCAAAAGGUAGCAUGCGACGUGAUUGCAAACCUUUGGGGAAGAGGUGUCUUUGCCGUGGAGAUGUUCCUGCUCAAGGAUGGCCAGAUCAUGGUCAACGAGGUAGCGCCCCGACCUCACAACUCGGGCCAUUACACCAUUGAGGCGGUACCUCAACUGUCACAAUACAAGGCACAAAUCUGUGCCCUGUUGAACACGGUACCAAAAGAGUUGACUUUGGCACCGCGGGUGCCUUCUGCUCUCAUGGUUAACAUACUCGGUGGAGCCAAGCCAGACUCCCAUGACAAGUUGGUAGAGCUCACUCAGACCAUGGGUAACUCUUCCAUGGAUGUAUACCUGCAUCAGUACGGCAAGGAAUCAAAGCCGGGCAGGAAGAUUGGUCAUAUUACAGCUACUGGUUUCUCGUCAAUCCAUAGGCUAGCAGAGCAAGCCAAGCCUCUGAUUGACGCUGCAGCUGAAAUGCGUGCAGAGCGUGUAGGCGAGCAGUUCUCGGCUGAGUCUUCAAAGGCAAAGGGUGUUCCAUUGGUGGCAGUGACCAUGGGCUCCGACUCCGACUUGACCGUCAUGCAGGCUGGUCUCAAGAUCCUGGACAAGUUCAAUAUUCCAUAUGAGGUCCGCAUCACCUCAGCCCACCGGACGCCACAGCUCAUGUCCGAGUUUGCCGAAGAAGUUUCCAAGGGUGGAGUGCAAGUAAUCAUCGCUGGUGCUGGUGGCGCUGCUCAUCUCCCAGGCAUGCUCGCUUCGGAGACUCACCUCCCGGUCAUUGGUGUCCCAGUCAAGGCAUCGGUACUUGAUGGAGUCGACUCGCUCUACUCAAUCGUGCAAAUGCCGCGGGGUGUGCCCUGCUUGACAGUGGGUAUCAACAACUCGACCAAUGCUGCUCUUGCGGCCAUUCGAAUCCUUGGCACAAACCUCCCCGAGUAUGCCGAGGAAAUGAAGGCAUAUCAAGCAAGCCUCAAGGAUGAAGUGUACGCAAAGGACGCUAGGUUAUCUGAAAUUGGUCACGAUGCCUAUGUCAAGGAGAUGCUAGCGAAGAAAUAG